GCCACCAUGUUGGAUCAGGAAGUGGGCAGAGUCUGUGCAGGAAUCCCGAGCCGUUAACGGCCGACUUUACCCGCUCGGACAGCCGCUCUCUCAGCCCGGAACCCCCCGGUUACAUGCCGCACGGCUCCCCCCCGGCUCUGGGCAGGCUCUUCUCUCCGGAUCGGACCGUUCGUCAGCCAUGACUUCCCUCACGCAGAGAUCGUCGGGCCUCGUCCAGCGGAGGACCGAGGCCAUCCGCAGCGCCGCCGCCGACAAGGAGAAGGAGUCCGCGGCGGAGGAGGACGAGGCGCGCCGCGGGGAGGAGGAAGACGACGACACGGGGGACUCGAAGGAGACCAGGCUGACCCUCAUGGAGGAGGUGCUGCUGCUGGGCCUGAAGGACCGAGAGGGCUACACCUCCUUCUGGAACGACUGCAUCUCGUCGGGCCUGCGGGGCUGCAUGCUGGUGGAGCUGGCCCUGCGGGGCCGGCUGAGCCUGGAGCCCUGCGGCGUGAGGAGGAAGAGCCUGCUGUCCAGGAAGGUCAUCUGUAAGUCGGACGCCCCGACGGGAGACGUGCUGCUGGACGAGGCCUUGAAGCACAUCAAGGAGACGCAGCCUCCGGAGAGCGUGCAGAGCUGGAUCGAGCUGCUGAGCGGGGAGACCUGGAACCCCCUCAAGCUGCACUACCAGCUGAGGAACGUCCGGGAGCGCCUGGCCAAGAACCUGGUGGAGAAAGGCGUCCUGACCACGGAGAAGCAGAACUUCCUGCUGUUCGACAUGACCACACACCCGCUCACCAACAGCACCAUCAAGCAGCGUCUCGUCAAGAAGGUCCAGGACUCGGUGCUGGAGAAGUGGGUCAACGACCCGCAGCGCAUGGACAAGCGGGUUCUGGCGCUGAUCCUGCUGGCCCACUCGUCCGACGUGCUGGAGAACGCCUUCGCGCCGCUGCAGGACGAGCAGUACGACCUGGGCAUGAAGCGGGUGCACACCCUGCUGGAGCUGGAGCCCGAGAAGGAGAGCGCCAAGCCCAGCGCCAACGAACUCAUGUGGGCCGUGGUGGCGGCCUUCACCAAAUGAGGGCGCCGGCGGGCCGGACUGUUAUUUAAUCGGUUGAAGGACUUCACUUAAUGAGACAGACUUGACUUCAAUGAGACAAUCUGUUGUGGGCGGGGAGCCUGGAUGGCGUUGUGGUGGUAGCGAUCUGAUUGGUGGUGGGCUUCGCCAUGCAGGAGCUGCUGGGACGGAAAAACGCUCUGACUGAAAAAACCAACAAACCUACCGAUGGCUGCUGUCACCCACCAGAGGCCGGCCGUGCCGCCAACACCGUGACGUCCCCGCUCAGCAGCCGGCCGCCGUCGCCACGGUGACGGACCCCUCCCGCCCCCGCCGGGGACCCUCCGUGUUCACCGUCUCCUCCUUCCUUCCUGGUCGCCUCAGGAAGCAAAGAGCGGGUGAACGCGAGGAGCGACGGCGAGCCGGCGGACUCCCACCUGACCGCCCCAAUGAAGAAUCAAACCUCCCAAAGAUCCCCAUCAGCCCCCUGAACGGCCGGGUCCGCCGUCCGCAGCUAGUCUUCCAUCCCCGUGUCGCUGACGGAUGCUGGAGCAGCCUGCCAUCCAGCCAAGGUUUUGCACAGUCAGCGUCCCUGUAGGUAGGAUCAUAUUAUAGCUUCUGUUUCUCUUCUUCGUUCUCUUCUUGGGUUGGAGAACCCAGUAGUCAAGAUGAAAUUAUGAACCCUGACGGCGGCGGUCGAAGAAACCACGAUCUCUUUUUGGUCUGCAGUGACUGAGCUCUGUCCUCCUCCAGACCUCGCUGGCUCUGUCCUCCUAUCAGACCUGUCCCCAGAUGUUCAGAGAAUCCCUGCAGAGUUCACUCUGCCAGUGGAAGGCCUCGUGUUCCAGUCUACAUGUCUGCAGGGUCCCUUCACCCCUCUGGAGGAGGUCUGCAGCUCUUCAGGGCUGUCCCUGGAGUGCCUGGACCAGGGGGCGAGCCGCACUGACCCCUGAGUUUGCCCCGGCGCCGUGGGAGCCGCCACCAUAGCUGUCUGUGACUGGCUGAAUGUGACGGUCUCUGCCGGAGCUCUGAGGGUCUACAGCUCUCAGGUCCUCCUGCUCCACCAGAGCAGAGACAUCUGUUCAUUUGUCAAGGUGGCGAGAUCCCAGUGAGGACAUGGAGGACAUGGAGAGAAAGACCAGGGGUUGACCACGCCCACUUGGACCUCCCAAACCGUCGCCGGGCACCGCGGACCUGGCUGUGGACUCUCACCCCGGAGACGGGACGGAUGUCUCUGCUCUCCGGUGGCUGACGGAGGACCAGCCGGUGUGGGAGACGGGACCCUCACCUCAGUGUCUGCGUAGAGUCAUGACCAGACCCCCGCCGGGUCCAGCAGGUCCUCCCGGUGAAGGGUACCUGGGCCACAUCCGCCUCUUCCGUUCAAGACUCUGAACGACACGCAGUCCAUGAGAAGAGAACGCAGAGUGGGCGAGCUCCUGUGGCGUUCUGGCCAGGGUGUGGUUUUCUUUGGAACCAGUGGAGACGAGUUUACAGCAGAGACCCUGCAUGCUCUGGGUGGAGGGCCGGGACGUGUGGACGUAGCUACAGAGAGAAGGUUUCUGUAAUUAUUAGUCCUUUUAUGUGUACGAUGUAACGGAAGUCAAUGAAAGGGAUCUUCUCUCCUAUCCUCUAUAAUUCUGUAUGCUUUUUGUAUUACCACACAAAAUAAAGUAAGGAUCCUUUAAGUGCCUGAA